AUGCAGGAACCUGCAGUGAUAAAGGGGAUAUUAGAGAAGCAAAAGACUGGUCACCAUCCUGCUGAAUUUGAGGAAUUUGGACUAUGCAAUGUCUAUGCUCCAUUUUGGGCUAAUCUCCCACACUCUAAUAUCUUCCUGGCCUUUACACCCAACCUCCUACACCAACUCCACAAAGGCAUCUUCAAGGACCAUUUAGUUAAGUGGUGCCUUGAUAUUGUUGGCGGAGAAGAAAUGGACGCACAGUUCAAAGUGAUGCCUGAUUAUCCUGGUCUUCAGCAUUUCAAGAAGGGAAUAUCUAUGGUAAAGCAGUGGACAGGGACAGAACACAAAGAGAUGCACACUCUGGCGAUAUUUCAUGCCAACAAGGACACCCUGCAAGAACUCAAUGUUCACAAGCAUUUUAAUAUUCCCAAAUUACAUCAGCUCUCUCACUAUGUUCAGUCUAUCUUAUUGUUUGGCACUAUGGACGGCUUUAACAGUGAACUUCCAGAACGAUUGCACAUCAACUUUGCCAAAGAAGUGUAUCGCGCCAGUAACAAGCACGACUAUGAAGAACAAAUGGCCUUAUGGCUCCAGUGCCAGGAGGCAGUCUUCCUGUGUGGUUCCUACCUUAGCUGGCUGUUGGAACAUUCAGCACCUUGUCACUGCACAUGGUGCAUCCAUGUUCCUCCCAGCCCUUAA